AUGUCGUCGGCUCGCUAUGCUCCCUCGCACGCCAUGCCCAUGGCCCAACAGGCCGCAUACCGCGCCCCAGGCCCCGUUGCCGUCUCCAAUGCGCCCCCGGGCACCUUUGCCCCGGGCACUAAAGUCCAGGUCGGCAACCACCGCGUCACAAUCGAAAAGUACCUGUCCGAGGGUGGCUUUGCCCACGUCUACCUCGUCCGCGUACCAAAGUCGGAUCCAAAGACGCCAGAGACUGCAGUCCUCAAGCGCGUGGCAUGUGCGGACAAGGAGGCCCUCGCAAAUAUGCGCACAGAGGUCGAGACCAUGAAGAAGCUCAAGGGCCACAGCAAAAUCGUCACCUACAUGGACUCGCAUGCAUCCCAACUCAAGUCGGGCGGAUACGAGGUCUUCUUGCUCAUGGAGUUUUGCUCGGGCGGUGGCCUCAUCGACUUCAUGAACACCAGGCUGCAGCACCGCCUGACGGAGCCCGAGAUUCUGCACAUCUUCUCCGAUGUCGUCGAGGGCGUUGCGACUAUGCACUACCUCAAACCACCCCUCCUCCACCGUGAUCUCAAGGUCGAAAACGUCCUCAUCACCACCGUCGGCGGCAACAAAGUAUACAAGCUCUGUGACUUUGGCUCCACCGCACCCCCGCGCCCGCCCGCCUCGACUGCUGCAGAGGGGAGGCUGAUUGAAGAAGACGUCCAACGCCACACCACCCUCCAGUACCGCAGUCCCGAAAUGAUUGACGUCUACCGCAAGCAGCCAAUCGACGAAAAGAGCGACAUCUGGGCCCUGGGCGUCUUGCUAUACAAACUGUGCUACUACACUACCCCCUUUGAAGAGGUGGGGCAAAUGGCCAUUUUGAAUGCCUCGUUCAAGUACCCGGCAUACCCUCAGUUUUCAGACCGCAUAAAGGCACUCAUAGGUUCCAUGUUGCGUGAAAACCCCCAGCAUCGACCAAACAUUUACCAGGUCGUUGCCGAAGUCUGCUCAAUGCGCCACCGGCCAAUCCCCAUCAAAGACAUCUAUACUGGCAGGACCCAAUCAGAAACCCGCCAGAACCAGCAGCUACCUCCUUCGGAGCCUCAGGUCUCUACACCCCCUCCUGUCGUGGGUCUGCAAAGAGUUGCUCCCACUGUCCAGGUUCAACAGUUGCCAGAUAUAACGCCAAUGAGGAGAGGACGGCCUACUGGACCAACGGACCAACCCCCACCAGGAGUCAGGCCCAGCCCGUCGCCUAUAAGGGGAACUACCUCAGACCCCUUUGCGGCACUAGACUCUCAAGAUGUCCAAGUGAGGCGUGCUGCUGCCGACGAGCUUGCAUCUCGCUUUCCCUCGCUGGACGAGUUCUCUCUGCUGCACGACCGCGGCCAAAAGUUUGAAUUUGGCGAAGCACCCACGUCUUCUGAUCCGGCACUGUCCAAGCGGGUCACAGAGGCACUGGCAGAUGAAGCUUUUGCAUCCCCUUCACCCCCAGCUGUCGACUCGACACCUGGAGUGAAGCCCUCGACUGUCUCCUCAGGAGGCCUUUCCAGAGCUACAUCACUAAGGAAAUCUGCGCCCCGUGAGGCCAAUGAUAGCCCACACUCUACCAAUCAACAGGGCAUACAGCAGCCCAUUCCACAGAGAGUCAACAUGGUAUCUACUGGGGUGCAAACAUCCCCACGGGCAUCUCCUGUUCCUUCACAAAAGUACCCAGACGUCAACAGCCGCCCAAUCUGGAAGGUUCCUCUGACCUCGCAACACAGCCGAACCAUGAGCCAUACGCGCUCGUUUGAAAAGCCGCCAUCAAGCCCUCUUUCCAGCCCAGCACUAAAGCCCGAAUUUGCUUUGCCCCCGCGCCCGGUGCUGGAAUCAAGAUCAAAGUCUCAGCUUAGCAUUCCGAGAUCGCCUGCAUCGGCAAGGCCCUCAUUGGAGAGCCAGCGCCCAUCUAACAUGGAGCUUGGCUCUGCUAUAGAUCGGUCAAGGUCUGCAAACUCAAAUUCGCGCCCAGUUAGCAUACACGUGGAGUCGAACCUCGACUAUCUACGUGAUCGAGAAAUGACGGGCGGUCGCAGCUUUGAUGCUCCGUCGUUGCUACGCCGUACAACUUCAAAUGCAGUAGAUGAUUCAGAGCCUGAAGAAAUCAAUGUACGAUCAAGCGUAGACUUUCUCCGAAGCAUCGAGCAGGAAGAGCAUGGCCACAAGCAUCGCCGCAGUAGUUCACACUCCAAGCACGGUAAACGCGGAAGCUUGACCAACAUUGUCAAGGGCAAGUUUGGCGACGCUUUCCGGCGCUUUGAGACAACCCACAAGACACCUGAGCAUGAGCGUGAUCAGCCGCCUCUAACCCCGGUCGAUCACCAACACCUGAGCUCCAAGGGUGGUCUGACCCCUAUUGCUGGCUCGGAGACGACAGGUGGAUUAAGCGACGAUGACCGCAGCGCCAUUGACGAAACGCAAGACCUGUCACCAGAGGUCCGAAGGGAGUUGGAAAAGAGACAGUUGGCAGAGGAAGAACGUCGCGUAGAAGCCGCAGCAGCAGAGUACAAACAACGAGUGGCAUCCCAGGCUCAAGGAAAGGUAAAGCCCGGUCCAUCCAAAGCCUCAACCAUCCAAGACCGUGUCAAGAACCUCUUGGACGAAAGCAGCAAACCAACUCCCACCAACCGCACAGCCGAAGGCUACGGCAAAUACACCGACACCGGCAAGCCCCUUCCCCUGCGACCCCAGGAUCAAAGCGGCACCCCCUCCCGCACUCAACCCCCCGCCAUCGCCCGAAAACCCGUAAACGUGCCUUCUCAGCCCCAACCACAAGACAUGGCCUACACCAAGCCCUCGUCAAUCCGACCCAACAUGCCCCCUCCCGUCCCCUCUGCCUCUGCUCCCCCAACAAUCAACAACAUGCGCAACCCCUCUGGUCCACCUCCCCGCGCGCCCAAACCAAAAGCCCUGCAGACAGGCACCCCCGGUUCUUCGCCCUCCUUGUCAUCUACCUCCCCUACCAAGGCUUCUGCAAAAGAUAGUAUCGCCAACAAGCCCCUGCCGUCGUCGCUGGCAAGUCAGCAAGCCGAUGAUCUCGAUGUGGAUACGUUUAGUAAGCGGUACCCUAGUUUGAGUGGGUUGGAAAUGGUGGAGACGGAGAUUCCAAGGGGGAGAGUGAGGGAUGUCUAA